AUUUCAAUAAUUUUGUUUUUCAGUUAUGUUCUGACUGAACCGGAAGACGGGGAUUGGGGCAUCAUAAAAAAUGGAUCAUGGACCGGUGUCGUUGGUCAGCUGCACCGGAGGGAGGUUGAUUUAUUCGCUGGUCCUUUAGCCAUGUCGUCAGAUAGAGAGGACGCUGUAGACUUUACCUUUCCAUACUUCCAUGUUUACACUUCCGUUAUCUUCAGACGACCAGAUCCUAAUAAAACAAAAUGGCGGAAGUUGAUUGAUCCUUUUAAAUGGGAGGUUCAUGUGUGUAUCUUCGCCUCGUUUCUCUGUAUCGUGAUAAUGCUGUAUUCUAUAGAGAGGAUGAACCCGUACUAUACUGUACAACUUGACGAACGUCCCACCAUACAGGGAUUGUUUCUCUAUCUGUUUGGGGCUUUAUUGGCCCAAGGUGGAUCUAGCAUGCCGUCAUCCAUUGCCGGACGAUCGUUACUAGCGUCAUGGUGGAUCUUUUGUCUGAUAACCGUAGCUACAUACAGUGGGAACCUGAUAGCCUUUUUGACCGUGUCUAAAGAGAAGCUGCCGUUUGAAACACUGGAGGAACUGGGUAACCAAGAAGAUUUUUCCUGGGGAACACUAGGUGGUAGUAUUUGGGUUUCACUGAUAAAGGAAUCCAACUUAACAGUAUUCAAAAAAUUAUGGGCGGGGUUAAACGAAUUCAACAAAUCAGAUCCACGUAUAUUUAGUCUCGAUCAAGAAGUGCAUAAAGAAAAAGUAAUUGGAGAAGACUAUGGGUUUAUAGCUGAUAAAACGACAGCAGAGACCUGGAUAUUCGAGAAUUGUCAGUUAACCGAUUUAAAGGAGCUGUUUUUUCCCAUGAAUUAUGCCUUUGCUCUUCAGGACAAUUCUCCAUAUCUACAAUAUUUCAACGAUGAGGUGAUGAAAAUAUACGAAAGUGGUUUGGGUCAGACUUUGAAAAGAAAAUGGUGGCCGAAACAGAACAUCUGUCUAGAGCCAGCAACAGUGGCCAAGAAAAUAAACCUUGUAGACUUACAGAGCGCCUUCUACGUCAUAGGAAUCGGAAUAUUCAUAGCGUUAUUAUCCGUGUUAGUUGAACGAUGCUUUACUCGGGCAGAAACCGGACGUCAUGUUCUGAAAUUCAAGUUCUUACGAAUUUUAUUCGUGAAAAAGAAAAGAGUUGAUGAAAGAUAUGGAUAA